CAAAGAACAUACACUGUAACCCCACGAACGCAAACAAAUGCGAGAUCACGAUAUUUUUCUCUGCUCUCUCUCGGAGAGCUUCGCAUCUUCUUCGCAUCUUCUUCUCCCAAUUAAGGCUUAGAUUCAGGUAAGUCCUCAUUUAUAUUGCAAUCUUUACUAUAUUUUGCAUGUACGCUCGGUUUCAAUAAUACCCGUCUCAAAUUUCUUGCUAUGUUUGCUUACACGAUUUGCGAUCCGAUGAAUUGUUGUUGUUGACAAAACCUAAUUAAACACCCAUUAUCAAAAAAAUUUCACCUAAAAUUUGAUACUCAACUCAAGAACACGCAUCAGUGGAUUCAAACAUGAAGUCCGAAAGCGAGGAUCUCCUCUCUGCUGUCAUCCCGCUGAUGAAGCUCUUAACCCUGACCCUGAUCGGACUAAUCCUUGCCCACCCAAAAACCCAACUUGUCCCUAGAGCCACAUUCAAGCUGUUAUCGAAGCUAGUCUUUGCCCUCUUCCUCCCUUGCCUCAUCUUUGUCCACUUGGGCGAAUCCAUCACCCUGGGUGAGUUGCUCCUAUGGUGGUUUGUCCCCCUCAAUGUGAUCCUAAGCACCGCGAUCGGUUGCGUUUUGGGCUACAUCGUCACCUUGAUUUGUCGCCCGCCGCCCCAAUUUGUCCGCUUUACCAUCGUCAUGACCGGAUUUGGUAACACCGGUAACCUUCCGAUUGCAAUCGUAGGCUCGGUGUGUCAUACUGAAGAUCACCCUUUUGGCCCUGAUUGCCACAGAACGGGCAUUGCUUACGUCUCCUUCGCCCAGUGGGUCGCCGUGAUUCUUGUGUACACUUUGGUUUAUCAUAUGAUGGAGCCCCCACUGGAGUACUAUGAGAUUGUAUCGGAGAACAAUGAGAUGGAGGAAGUUGUGGUCGGUAGUAGUAACAGUAAUAGGCCUCUUCUUCACGAUGGAGAGUGGCCGGGGAUGCAUGACAAAGAAACGGAGCAUUCGAAGACGCCAUUUAUUGCUAGGGUUUUCGCGAGGGUGUCUGGGUCAUCUGAGGCUAGUUUCCCUGACCUUGAUUUGAUAGAGGAAGAGGGUGGUGGUAGUAGCAGUCCUAAGUCUAUCAGAUGCUUAGCUGAGCCGAAAAUGGUCAGAAGGAUUAGAAUUGUGGCGGAGCAAACUCCGAUAAGGCACAUUCUUCAGCCUCCGACUAUUGCUUCGCUGUUGGCUAUCGUAAUUGGGAUGGUUCCGAUGCUGAAGGGCUUCUUCUUUGGCGAUGAUGCACCAUUGUCUUUCAUUACGGAUAGUUUGGAUAUUCUGGCCGGAGCAAUGGUCCCGUCAGUGAUGUUGAUUCUUGGAGGGAUUCUUGCAGAGGGACCAAACGACUCAGCCCUCGGGCUUAGAACGACAAUAGGGAUCACAGUGGCGAGACUAAUCGUGCUUCCAUUGAUUGGGAUUGGGGUGGUGGCAUUGGCCGACAAGCUGAAUUUGCUGUUGCGAGAGGACGACAUGUUCCGGUUUGUGCUGUUGUUGCAGUACACAACACCGAGCGCAAUCUUGUUAGGGGCGAUCGCAAGCUUGAGGGGAUAUGCAGUGAAGGAGGCUUCGGCGAUUUUGUUCUGGCAGCAUGUUUUGGCUGUGGUUUCUCUAUCGGUGUACGUUGUGGUCUAUUUCAAGUUGCUUACCUAUGUUUGAGGGUAGUAUUUGAAUGCAUGUGGGGUAUAUAAUGGUAUCAGACCAGGUUAUUUGCUUGCUUGUUUAUGCAAAUAGUCUGCCUGUGUUAGUAGAGGGUUUUAAUUUUGGCUUGCUAUUUAUACCAUUGUAGCAGUAUGUUAAGCUGUUUUUUGUUAAUAUAAAUGUUAAUUUUGUGUCUA